CAGGCGGCCCAUUUUCUCCGACCCGACCCGAUAGAGCAGCUAAACGAAGAGGGUCUGUCUCACUUUUGGGUGAAAAUGGCAGCAUCAUUCAGAUGGGUACUACAGCUACACAAGGAUGUACCAAAAGCAGCAAGAUUUUACUCAGAGGGUUUGGAUUUCUCCAUUAAUGUAUGUACUCAUAGAUGGGCUGAGCUCCAAUCAGGGCCUCUCAAACUUGCCCUCAUGCAUUCAUCAAGUGACAUUGUUGUGCAGAAGGGAUACUCAUCCCUCCUAUCCUUUACAGUUGAUGAUAUAAACAAUUCAGUGACCAAACUAUUGGCUUUAGGUGCCGAGUUGGAUGGCCCCAUCAAAUAUGAAAUCCAUGGAAAGGUUGCCGCUUUGAGGUGUGUGGAUGGACAUAUGUUAGGACUUUAUCAGCCGUCCUAGGCAUCGUCGAAACAACCACUUGCAGGUAAAAGAAAUCGCGACUUCUGUAACAAGCUAAAUUGGUUGCUCGACAUAAAUUUUGCGUUCGGGCUUAUUGUUGAAAGAGAGAAUUGACUCUUGUACAUGGAGGUGAAGCACAUAAAGAGAGUGUACAGCAAGAGACGGUCAUUACAGUAGUUGAAUUCCUACUGUAUUUGUUUUGAUGUUUUGUUCUGGUUAUACUUUUGUAACAUGAUGUUUUGUAUUCACCAACCUGGAUUGUGGUGCUCCACCCUAAACCAGAGGUCUCGGGUUCGAGCUCGGGGUAUGGAGAAAAUUCUGUUGGGAGUGCCACCCUCGAAUGGGCCCUGCAGUGCGCGAUCUGGAUUUAGUUGGGGCUUCAAUGUGGGUUCCGGACACCAGGUGGAAACCAAAAAAAAACAUAAUGUUCUGUAUUGAAAUCUAUCCUGGCAUUAAAAAUUCUUCAUUCAAGUGAUUCCAUCACGUAAUUUGGGUGGGUUCUCUAUAUGUAUCCAGAGACUUAACCCC